AUGCCACGUCGGAUACUUGUUUUUCUUACUUGUGUCGUUGUUCAGAUUUUGUUACAAGCGGGCAACAUUAAUCAGAAACAAAAUAGAAGUUAUUUAGAACGGGAUGGAAAACAUCCAUUUUUUAUUAUAGUUACAGCUGCUUAUGUAGGAAUUCAAAUAUUGGCGUUCGAAGCCUUAGUACAAAAAUCUUGGAAGCAUUGGCAAAACAAAGUCGAGAUAAAGGACGAUUUAUACCGGCCAUGGAGCAAAGUUGGCAAGUUGUCAAAGUUACCUUUUCUAAAAGAGUUUGCAAGCAUACCGGUACAGAAAUACUGGACUCUACCCUUUUCACUUGGAGAAUAUCUUAACAAAGCUGAAAAUGGCAAUAAAGUAGAAUUUAUGAAUUAUGAAUGGGGAAGAUAUGAAUCAUUCAAAAACUUUCCAAUGGAUUCUCCAGCAAGACCCAUGCGACUGGCUUCCAAUGGAUUCUACUAUACGGGCACUAAGGAUACUGUUGAAUAUUUUUCAUGCAAAUUGAAAUACAGCGGCUGGAAAGAAUGCGAUAAACCAGAUACCCUUCAUAAACUUUUGUCUCCAGACUGUGAUUUUAUGAAAGAUGUUGACUCAACAAAUGUUCCAAUACAUCCAACAUUCGAAUCAAUAUCGAAUUACUCUGAAUACCCUCCAGAAGGAGCUAUUGGCGGUGCAAGUUGCUCAACAGAUGGUUACGCGGAAAAUUGCUAUUCUAAUAUACAAGUUCAACACCAGACAAGACAAUCACAAGUAACCAACGAUGCAAUAUCUUCACGACGCAUUAACCACAAAUUUCCGGAUUAUGAAAAUAGUCAACACAGAAUGGAUUCAUUUAAUAAUUGGCCAUGUGCUGAUGUGAUAGCUUCUUGUGUUCUAGUUGAAGCGGGAUUCUAUUAUGCUGGUUUCAGUGACUGCGUCAGAUGCUUCUCCUGUGGAGGCGGACUACGUAACUGGGAGUAUGGUGAUGGUCCGUGGGAAGAACAUGCAAGGUGGUUCCCCGAGUGCAAAUUUCUAAGGGAACGAAAGGGACUCGAGUUCGUUAGACGGUAUCAAGAGACACGUACGGAUUCUGAUGAAGAACUACCGACGGAAGCGAUUGUGUCGGGAGAAGAAGCUUUAAGAACACUUGAACGAGACAGCAAGCACCAUGAAGUGGAUAAUAAUGUCAUAAGUGAAAACGAAAAAGAAGACGAGAGAAAGAUUGCAUGCAAAGUUAAAGCGAAGUUAAACGAAAUGGGCUUUUUGUAUCGUUUCUACCCCAUAAGAAAAGCUAUUCAUAGAUUGAAAUGUAAUGGUGAUCAAAUUUCGACAGAAUCUGUUAUUACAUAUCUAAUUGAUAAUUCUGAAGAAGUUGAAAGGGAUAAUUCGGAAGAAACAAAUAUAUUAGAACAGGAACCUGAUUUUGCCAACAACAUUCGUAGCAACAAGGAAGCUGAAAACAUAACUGGACAAAAAGCAAAAUCGAGCGGAGAUAUUUCAUCAUAUGUAGCCAAUGCGCUUACUGUUGCAGAUCCAGGUACAAUUCAAGAAGAAAACACAAAGUUAAAAAAACAGCUAUUGUGCAAAAUCUGCAUGGACAGUGAUUCAAAUGUUGUGUUUAUUCCAUGUGGACACAUGGUCUCGUGUGAGAAAUGUGCGCCACAUAUACGGAAGUGUGCCGUUUGCAGGGUUCCUAUAAAAGGGCGCGUAAAAGCAUUCAUGGCUUAACGCAAUGAGAAAAAUGUCAUCAUUGUUGUUCUUCCGCUUCCUGUAAAAUAAGUUAGCGUUUAUUUUUUUUUUCAGUUUAGUUUAUACUAAUUAAUUCUAGCUCCAUUGCGAUGAAAGCUUCAAGCUUAUUUGAACCAAACUCAAGUCCGCUUCCUGGCAAAUCAGUACCGGUGUCACAUGAGAGAGCGUUGUCGUGGAGACAGUGGGGCUCGAACACACAACCCUUUGAUUGAGUGGCUGACACCUUAACAAGUUAAGAUUACAAGAUUACUGUCAUGUCAACAAUUUUGGUUUUGUGGUCGUUCAUAAGACAAUGUCAGAUACAUUUUCUAGAAUAAAUAAACCGGCUUAAUUUGGUGUCAGAAUAUACUAGUAGAUGUA